AUGGGGGAUAGUAGGCACAGAGAAUGCAUUAUCAAAGCUAGUGACUACAUGUUCAAAAUCGUGCUGGUGGGAGACUCCGGAGUAGGAAAGUCGAGUCUGCUGCUGCGUUUCGCUGAUGGAGCCUUUACAGAGAGUUUUAUCAGUACAAUCGGCGUUGAUUUUCGUUUUCGAACAGUUGAAGUUUUGGACAAGUCUGUCAAACUCCAAAUUUGGGACACAGCCGGUCAGGAACGAUUUCGAACGAUUACGAGUGCCUACUACAAAGGGGCAGACGGAAUCAUGAUCGUUUACGAUGUCACCGACACUGAAACUUUUAAAGAUAUGGAAGAUUGGCACAAGGAAAUCCAAAAGUUCACAGACCCCGGAAUUCCGAUCUGUAUUAUUGGAAACAAGAGUGAUCUAACCGAAAAAAAGGAAGUGGCUGCAGCCGUUGGGAAGGAAUACGCAAGCUCGCUCAACGCCUCGUUUUGCGAGACAUCCGCCAAGGAUGCGAGCAAUGUGGAAACAGCCUUCCUGCAAAUUGCUGAAGCCAUGGUGAAACGAGCGUAA